AUGCAUCUUGCGCUUCCGUCAAUGCCAGUAUGCGGAGGUACGAUGUUGUACUAUCACAGCCAUAAGUUAUCCCAUCCUAUGAGCGGCCUAUGUUUCGUUUUCGUCCUAGCAGCCAUUGUCAGGAAUUUGUUCUUUUUUCGGUUACUGAAUCAUUCGUGUAAACUCACCACACCCUCGUUCUUUUCUUCUCCUUCUCUGAAGUCGCAGGUUCAACAUCCUCUGUAA